AUGAACUUCAUCACCGAGCUUCGAAAAAUCAACCCCGAAAGAAGAAUCAUCCUCCACCAAGACAAUGCAAGCUUGCACACAGCCCAAAAAACAAGUCAGUUUUUAACGGAAGAAAACGUGGAAUUAUUGGACCAUCCUUCAUAUAGUCCCGAUCUAAGUCCUAACGAUUUCUUUACUUUCCCAAAAAUUAAAAACAGACUGCAUGGUCAAAGGUUCCAGUUACCAGAAGAAGCAGUUGACGCAUUCAAAAAUGCCGUUCUGGAUCUGCCAGCAAACGAGUGGAAUAAGUGCUUCGAAAAUUGGUUCGAGCGCAUGCAGAUGUGUAUUAAUAUUCGUGGAGAAUACUUCGAAAAACAAUAAAGUCAUUUAAAACUACCUACCGUGUUGUUUUAUUUACAUAUGCAAAACUUAAAAGACAUCCCUCGUAUGUGUAUACAGUGUUUUUCAAAUUAUUCCCUAAGUUGCUUAGAUAGGGGCAAAGUUGCGUUUUAAUUUCUUCCUGACUUU